AUAGGGCUGGGUAAUGUCAAUAUUGUCAUCUCCGUUUUGGACUUUUACAUUUGGAUCAUUUGUCAGUGAUUAAGUGAAUAAAUUUUCCUUCUUGAUUAUCUUUAAAAUAGUGUAAUUAUCGUACCCCAACAUGUUAGCUUUAAUGAACAGAAUAUUAGAUUGGUUCAGAAGCCUCUUCUGGAAAGAAGAAAUGGAGUUAACUUUGGUUGGAUUACAGUACUCUGGAAAAACAACAUUCGUCAAUGUUAUAGCUUCAGGACAGUUUAGCGAAGAUAUGAUACCCACUGUGGGCUUCAAUAUGAGGAAAAUCACAAAGGGCAAUGUAACAAUCAAAGUUUGGGACAUUGGGGGCCAACCCAGAUUCAGAUCAAUGUGGGAAAGAUACUGUAGAGGUGUGAACGCGAUUGUAUAUAUGGUGGAUGCUGCUGAUCCUGAUAAGAUUGAAGCAUCAAGAAAUGAACUUCAUAACUUAUUGGAUAAACCUCAAUUAGCUGGCAUCCCAGUACUUGUCCUGGGCAAUAAAAGGGAUAAACCACAGGCUCUAGAUGAGAAUGGCCUUAUUGAAAGGAUGAAUCUGUCAGCAAUACAAGACCGUGAAAUAUGUUGCUACUCUAUUUCAUGCAAAGAUAAAGACAACAUUGACAUCACAUUACAAUGGCUGAUUGCACAUUCAAAAUCUGGCAUGCGUUAAAUUAUGAGUAUGAGGAUAAGAAUCCCUUUUGUAUUUUAGGGCUGUAACUAAUUAAAGUAAACAUAUUUUCUUGUUUUAUACAGUCAUAAUUUUAAACAACCAAAUUUAUAUUUAUUCUAUAAUAUCCACUUAUAUUAGUCAUUUACAAAGACAUCAUAAAAUGAGGACUGAGAUUCGUAUAAAAAGAGUUUUAUAAAGAGGUAUGUUUACUUGAUAUUUUUGGCAGAUUUGAGUACCACUCAACUAGAGGCUAUUUCCCACUGUCAUAGGAAAAUCUUUUUAAGGAUCAGGCUCACAUUUGUGCACUUAAUAGAGAGAAAUAUGAUAGAUUGUGAAUAUUGUGAUCAGAUUGAUCGCACCAGCUAUGACCGUUAAAUGUGACGUGAUAACCUUAUUCGGGUUUUAUAAUGAACUAUCUUACAACCGUUCUCAUUUUACAUUCAUGUCAGCUGAUCAGUGUGAUCCGUACGGGUAUUACGUAUUUAUGUUGUUUUUUUGAGAGAUUAUGUAGGUUUUUCUACAAGAUGUUAACUCAGCACUAGCUGAUGGACAUUUGUGAACUCGUCAUGAUGCUUCAGUUAUCAAUGUUUGGCUCUGAUGUGAUGUAAAGUCUGCUUUAUAGAUGGCAUUACAGGAGGCCUAAGCCGCAAGUUGUAUACUAUAGUCUAUAGCUGGAAGGAAACAGCAAUGUAUAGGAGCAUAGUGAGGAUUUGCGUGCUAAUAAUAUGUGUUGAUGAUAAUUCUAUUGGAUUCUUGUCUCAAAUACACUUACUUGAGAUUCAAAGCUAGAAAUUAGUUGCGCACCCACUUUUUCUUAUCCAUUCUGGAAAUUACGUAUGCAAAUUUGCUGAAUAUCAAAAAUGAGAGAUAUAAGAAAUCAUUAUAUUCACUGUACACUGUCGAAUUACAAGUCAUAUACAUGCUAACAGUAAUUACACACAACGCGAGCGCGGUGGUGAUUUCCCAUAAUUCUACACAAAGUUUUUGAAAACAAAAAAAAACGUAAAAAAUCGUAAUUGAUAACUUUGAACAUAACCUGUCUUCCGAAAGGAUCACAUAUAAAUAAAACAUCGGGCACAGCUAAUAGAUAGCAUAUUCAGUAAUGAUUUUCCCACACAACACUGAUUUUAUACACAUGCAGACCAAUACACACAAUCAUCCAGAUGCGAUCUUGAAACUUUCUUCUCAGAGUCUACUCGGCUUCACAAAACAUGCAACCAACAAUGCGUGUAGUUGAGUCAUUCCUCCAAAGAUUGACGCUCACAAAGAUGCUAUUGAGCAAACGUGGAAUGACUGUUUGCACCCUAACAACUACUUAGUCUGCAAGAUGACAUUUUAUAGGUUUUUUACAUAAUACCCGUGCCGUGUUCAAUCAGUAUUUACCGAUGAUUUCGUGAGUGUCCGUGGAUUUCUAUGUAAUAAUUACUGACAUACAGGCUGCAUGAUAAAUACUGAUGGAUCACAGUAAAUACUGUCGUGUGGCAUUCGCUUAAUAGCGGUAGUUCAGGAUUUUUCUGGGAUAGUCCAUUGUAGAUCCCGAAUGAGGCUUAUUUCACUAUGGGACUGAUAGCGCUUACUCCACGCGAUUUGCGUGACAUUGUCACUCGAUAAUGGAGUUAUGUCAAACAUUGUCGACUGUAGAGAUGGCCGAUAUCGUUAUUUUUGAAUAUCUGUGAUAUCUGAUAUAGUUACGUUUUGAUAUCAGUGACUUUCGAUUAACGGUGGGUGAGUUCUGCUGAUACGUCGUAGGGAACGUAUCGCACCGGUGCAGGAGCAGUGAGAUCGAAAGUCAUAAUUAUUUCUAACAUUCUACGAUAUGUUUUCAAAAGUUUUGUGUGUUAUCGGAUCGUGUGUAGUGACGUACAGAAAAUAUGUUCCGUGAAACUUGACCAAGAUGCUAAAUUGAUCUAGCACAAUUAAUGUGUAAUUUGGGCAGCUAACGGAAACAUUACGAGUUCAUUCAACUCUACAACUAGCGCGCACAUCCCACACAAUCCAACAUUAGAUCCGUUGCCAUAAAGGACCUAGUCCCAAAGUCGUGAUCAGUCACGAUUUUUCACGGUAUUUGGUAAUAGUCGUGAUGCGCGAUUUAGAGAUAUCAGUUACUAAAUCAUAGUUGGAGAAAUAUCUGACAGCACUAGUCGAGUGACUGUCACACGCUACAAAUCGUGUACAUAUGUGAGCGCUUAGUCUCCAAAGGUGAAACCUGUAGAAGGCUAUUGGGAUUAGUUGACGUGUGCUAAUAUUCUCAUGCAUAUGUAUACAUUUAUUAAAAUAUUAAAGUUAUUUAACGAACUGAAUCUCAAACUAUCAGAUGUUAAUUUGAAGAGAAUUUGGAAUUGAUAAAUGUUACCAUAUUCUUGAAGCAUGUAUUUAGACUUUUCCGUGGUUUUCAUGUCGAUAAUCCCCCAUAUUUCUCUGGCCAAUCGAAACCACUUAUGUUGAAAAAAUCUUCUUGUUCAGGCUAAUAUUGAAGCACUUCAGUUGAUCUGAAUGAUGUGAUUGAAGAAUGUUGACAGGAGAGAUUACCAAAUUUUAGGGGCAUGGGCUGAUUUUAGUUAUAAGUUAAUAACAUAAAAUACCAGUCACAAAGUGGAAAAUUAUGGAACAAAAAUGUAUUUGCCUGUAUUAUUUGUUGCUUUUGUAGGUACAUGGAAUUCAAUGGUAUAUUACAAUACAACAUAGGUAGAUUUAGACAAAUUUUAGUAUAAUCUCAGAUAUAUAUUUAUUUGUUUUUUGUACAGUUUUUUAUAUUGAUGUUUCAGAUGUAUUAUAUUUUUACUUCGGCUAUUCAUAUAAUUUCUACGCUGUCAUGAAUUCUGAUUUCAGGCAAAAUGUGAUUUUUUUAUUAUAGAUUUUAGAAGACAAUGUUGAAGACAGUUGAAAAUCAUUUGAAAACAGUAUAUUUUGAAUAAAUAUUUUAAUUGUUUUCCGUACUUGUUAUAAUGAUAGUUGUAAUUAUAUACUACCAAUAAUAAAGAAAAAAC